AUGCCUCCUCCACACUAUGAUUUCCUCAUCAAGUUGUUGUUGAUUGGCGAUUCUGGCACGACCGUGUCUUGCCUCCUUUUACGGUUCUGCGAUGAUGCAUGGACGCCUUCCUUUAUCACAACAAUUGGUAUCGACUUCAAGAUUCGUACGAUAGAGCUCGACGGAAAGAGGAUUAAGCUACAAAUCUGGGACACCGCUGGUCAGGAACGAUUCAGAACGAUCACCACGGCAUAUUACAGGGGUGCCAUGGGUAUUCUACUCGUAUAUGACGUUACAGAUGAGCGUUCAUUCAAUAAUAUCCGCACCUGGCAUGCCAAUAUUGAACAACACGCUUCUGAGGGCGUCAACAAGAUUCUGAUUGGGAAUAAGUCAGACUGGACAGACAAGCGAGCCGUGACCGAAGAGCAAGGGCGAGAGCUGGCAAGCGAGCUGGGUAUCAAGUUCAUGGAGACUUCUGCCAAGAUAAACGAGGGAGUGGAAGAGGCGUUCUUCACUUUGGCCAGGGAUAUCAAGGCCCGUCUCAUCGAUUCUCAAGGCGACUCGAGUCCUCAAGCUGCGUCCGGAAACGACGGGAGUGUUAAACCUGGUGCUCCCACUGCCCAAUCUCAGGGCUGCUGCUCAUAA